CCUUUAUCGCCGGUGGCGCGAUCUCUGACAUUAUGAUGUUCCAGCUUUCGUUAACGAAUUUAAGUGUCGUGUCCGCUGAAAUAGACCUUUAGUUGGUAGACAUGAGGUUGCUGGUGGUAGCUGUCCUGGGGUCGCUGUGCGCGGUGGAAGCCAGCCUUGCACCGUUCAUCACGCCAUGCUACGCGCGGGACUCAAAUUGCUUGCGGGCGUCGACGCAGCGCGCGAUCCCCGUGGUGGCGGCGGGGCUGCCGCAGUUCGGCAUGGUGCCCCUGGACCCCAUGAACUUGGACGGCAUUGUGGCUGACCAGGCCGGCCUACACAUGGAGUUCAGGAACACCGUAGUUAAAGGAUUAAGGAAUUGCGAAGUGCUGAGAGUAAGACGCCAGUCGUCGCGUACGCAGCUGGAGGUGAAGUGCUCGGUGACGCUGGCGGGCGACUAUCGCCUGGGCGGGCAGCUGCUCAUCGUGCCAAUCGAGGGCCAGGGCAGAUACAAGAUGAAAAUACGUGACAUCCUGGUGAAGAUAGAUUUCCGCGUGGGCGAGCACUACCAGCGCGGCCAGCGCUACUGGACCGUGGAGAACUGGCAGCACUCCGCUGAGGUCCUCACCUCCGCUGAGUUCCGCUUCCAAAACUUAUUCGGCGGAAACACACAGCUAUCGAACACGGUGCAUGAGUUCGCGAACAGCAACUGGCGCGACAUCUUCCAGGAGGUGUCGCCGCCAAUCGUGGAGGUGAUCGUGUCGCAGAUCGUGGGCGAGGUGCGCAAACUGUUCAACGCAGUGCCCGUCUCCGAACUCAGCCUCGACUGA